AUGGCAUCGACUGCGCACACGACGGGCGCCGAUGCACAAGCAGAGGAGCUGCGGAGGAGAAAUGUAGCCGCGCCAUCACAGGCCGCAGCGCCAAUCGCUGCACUGGCACAAGAGAGGGAGAAGUCAAAGGACAAGCCUUUCAGCGUCAUCUCAUUCCUGGACGACUACGAAUUCAUCUGGGCACCUCUUAUAUUCACCUUCUUCGCCUUCUUCACACGCAUGUACAAGAUUGGCCUCUCGCCAAUCGUCACUUGGGACGAAGCCCACUUUGGCAAGUUCGGUUCACACUACCUCAAGCGCGAGUUCUACUUCGAUGUCCACCCACCGCUCGGAAAGAUGCUCGUCGGUUUGUCCGGAUACCUCGCAGGAUACAAUGGCUCGUUCGAGUUCAAGUCCGGAGAAACGUACCCCCCGGAGCUGAACUACACCUUCAUGCGCCUCUUCAACUCGGCUUUUGGUGCUGUUUGCGUUCCCCUGGCCUACUUUACCGCCAAAGAAUUGAACUUCCGCCGUCCGACCGUAUGGUUCGUCACCCUGGCCGUUCUCUGUGAGAACUCGUACACCACUAUCAGCCGUUUUAUCCUCCUUGACUCUAUGCUACUAUGCUUCACCUUCACUACCGUCUUCUGCUGGUCCAAGUUCCACCGCCAGCAACAUGAUCCAUUCUCUCCUGAGUGGGGUCUGUGGCUGAUGCUUACCGGAGUUUCGAUUGGUUGUGUAUGCAGUGUCAAGUGGGUUGGAUUCUUCGUCACAGCUCUCGUCGGAUUGUACACCAUUGAGGACCUCUGGCGCAAAUUCGGUGACCUGAAGAUGCCCAAGAUCGAGCUAGCCACGCAUCUCGCUUUCCGCGUUUUCAGCCUGAUCCUCAUCCCCCUCGCCGUCUACAUGUUCUCCUUCUACCUCCACUUCAUCAUUCUCGAAAACAGCGGUCCUGGUGAUGCGCAAAUGAGCUCUCUCUUCCAAGCCAACCUGCGAGGAACUGAGGUUGGCAAGAACAGCCCUCUCGAAAUCGCAUACGGUUCCCGCACCACGUUGAAGAACAUGGGAUACGGAGGCGGACUGCUCCACUCUCACGUCCAGACAUACCCCGAGGGCUCUACCCAGCAGCAGAUCACUUGCUACCACCACAAGGAUGCCAACAACGACUGGUUCUUCUACCCCAACCGCCACGAGGUCGAGUACAAGCCUGAGGAGGAGCUCCGCUACCCUGGCAACGGUGACGUUAUUCGUCUGAUCCACGCCCAGACUGGCCGUAACCUCCACUCGCACCAAGUCGCUGCCCCUGUUACAAAGAGUGAUUGGGAAGUUUCUUGCUAUGGUAACACAACUGUUGGUGACACCAAGGACCAUUGGGUUGUUGAGGUCGUACGCGACGCUGCUUCGAGGGACUACUCCAAGCUCCGGACGCUUACUACCGCUUUCCGUCUGAAGCACAAGGAUCUGGGCUGCUACCUCCGCGCUGGCAAUGUCAACCUACCUCAGUGGGGUUUUAAGCAGAUUGAGACAACCUGUGUCAAGAAGAACAACCCUCGCGAUGUUUACACCCAUUGGAACAUUGAAAGCCACACCAACGAGAAACUGCCGCCAGGCAACCCUGGUGACUACAAGUCUCCCUUCCUCCAGGACUUUAUCCAUCUUAAUGUUGCUAUGAUGACAUCUAACAACGCACUUGUGCCUGACCCCGACAAGCAAGACGACCUCGCCUCCAGUUUCUGGCAAUGGCCCAUCCUCCAUGUCGGUCUCCGCAUGUGCGGCUGGAACGAUGACAUCGUCAAGUAUUUCCUCCUAGGUAACCCCUUGGUCUACUGGGGAAGCACUGCCUCGCUAGGCAUUUUCGGUCUUCUUCUCCUCUUUUAUGUCGUCCGCUGGCAACGUGGAUACAAUGACUUGAAGCAAUCGGACAUUGACUUGUUCCACUACGCCGGUAUCUAUCCCAUCAUUGGCUGGGCUCUACACUACGCACCGUUCGUCGCCAUGGGCCGUGUCACAUAUGUGCACCACUACUAUCCCGCUUUGUGGUUUGCCAUCAUCGUCAUGGGCUUCUGCUUGGACUUCACCACAAGGAAGUUGAACAAGCAGGUACAGUGGGGCAUCUUUGCUGUACUGUACCUUGCUACCAUCUUCCUGUACUGGCUGUUCAGGGCCAUCUCCUUCGGUAUGGUUGGACCUAGCAGCCAAUGGAAACACCUCAAGUGGUUCGAGAGCUGGAGGAUCACCGAUUAA